AUGACGCAGAACAGCUUCCGGGGUCCAGCAGCAGCAGCAGCACCAGCAGCAGCAGCAGAGAAUGACUCCAUGAGCAGUCUGCGCACGCCGCAUUUGGUCGACAGCCCCGCGUCGAGUGAGGUGGCAGCGACACCGCCAGAUCAGCCCGCGCCAGCGAGCAGCAGCACCGCAUCGUCAUCCCCGCGCACCCAACUCAGACGCACUGCCUCGCUCAACAAUAGCAGCAGCAGCAUCCUGGACAGCACCACCAAGCUCGCCCGCAACGUGUCUCCAGCCCUGUUGGCCCGCAUGAAAUUCCUCAACCAGGCCAGCUCCACCGACAGCCCCAGCAAGAACGCGCCCUCGCCCGGCGCCAUUGGCCGCAUUGCUGAGCACAAAAUCAAGCAGCUCGACGACUUCCACUCCACUAAGCGCACCUUCAGCAUCGAGCGCCGCGGCACCGCCUGGAGCAGCGGCACAGGCAGCCAGCUCGGCACGCCGCUGAUCCCCCAGCUGACGGGCGAAAGCGUCCCAGCGCUGGUCAUGGAGCGCGACCUCGAGAGCGACAUUAGCAGCGUCAUCAGCACCAGCGACCGCGUCCUGCCCUCUGAAUCAGAGGCAGAGACGGACGAUGUUCUCGACAUGCAGAAGUACCGUCUGCCUGACAUCACCAAAACCAAGAGCCUGAGCCAGACCAUCGCCGAAUCUGACACCACUCCCGUCGCCGACCUGACACGCCCGCCCACACCACCGCCCAAGGAUACCCCGCCUCUGCGCAUCGAGGACGAGGUUUCAGUGCUCGAUAACCACAAUGACAUGGACGUCGCGUCCCACUUUGCCCGCCGACACCUGCAUCGCACAAACUCCAUCUACACGCUGUCCAAGGCAAGCUUCAGCAACCAGAUCCAGCAACUGACGUCGAUGAAGCUUCCACCCACCACGAUCGCGUCUGAGAUCACUGCGCUGCCCUCGUCCACACUUGCCGGCCGCGCACUACACAGCUCUGCAAACGACAUCCGCCUAUGGAUGGCCAAGGCUACCGAGGUCUUGAAUGGACUUGAUGCCGACGAUGAUGUUGAGUGGGCUGCUGCCGCCGGAAGAGAAGGCCUGGCCGACGUCGAUGCCGCCAUUGGCAAGUUCGAGGGUCUCAUCACCGUCUACAUCACCGCCAUCGAGGACCUGCAGUCACGGCCAGACAUUGCGCUGCUGCCUCUCAAGGACCAGACAACAUUGGUCACUCAGAUGGAAGAAAUCGUCGGAAACUGGACCGAAAUCAAGCGCACACUCAAAGGCAUCAAGAACCAGGUCGAGAUCGCCAUGGAAUGGGAGGAGCUCUGGAACUCGGUGCUUGGUGAGAUCGGUGCCGAGGUUGAGACUCUCAGCCGUCUAGUGUUCGAAAUGGAAGAGCGCAGGCAUCGUGUCAUAUCUGAUUCUGUGGCUGAAUCUGCGGAAAAGUUCGACAUCGCCGACCUUGAAACGAUUGUGGAGACGCCACGACAAAACAAGAUGCACAACAACCGGCUUAGUAUGCCACCUACGCUUACAGUCAUGUCACCUAUCUCGCCCAUCCCUCAAAUCGAACAGGAGAGCUCACGUCUGCUGGAGAUCUUUGCCAAGCUGCAGCCGUUGCGUGCGUCGCUUGACUUCCUUCCCAUGCGUCUAGCCUCAUUCGAGAUGAGGGCGAGCACCAUGUUUCCUUCUGCAUGUGAUGAGUUAAUGCGCAGAAAAGAACAACUGGAAAAGCAAGAGAAGACUUUGGAAGCAGAAGCAGAUGCAUUGCGAGAGGAGCUGGGUGAAGACAAAUGGGUACACAGCUUCAGACAAGCUGGCAGCAAAGCCGUGGCCAUGUACGAUUCAUGCAUGAAGAGCAUCGAGAGAUUACAGCAAGCUAUCGAUGAUGGUGACGAUGAGAAGCUAGGCUCGCGCAUCUCUACAUACAAGGACAAGAGAGAUCAUUAUCCGCCCUCAAUCAAACGGGUGCUCGAGUUGAUCGACAUAGAGAUGAAGCACAGGUCGACAGUCAAUGGCGAGAUCCUGCGCAUCCAACAGGACGUCCGCCAGAAAAUGUCCGACUUGGAGGGAGGGAUCCAGCAAAUGGACGCCAUUCUGGAUGACGUGUCCGCAUCUCGCAAACUUCGAGAUUCCGUCUCCACAGUACUAUCUGCACGCACCGAAGCCUCUUCCGCAAUUGACACGCCAGGUAGCUCGCCUGCAUCGAGUGUUGUGAUGAGCCGCAAGGGUAGCGACUAUAGUUCCAUGACCCCCGCAGGCCGAAAGUCACGCCAAUCCAGCACCUCAACGACAAAAUCAUCCCUACCACCGAAUCGCCGAUACUCUAGCCUACCUGUCAUUCCGGGAAGCACAACCCGCAAGUCUCUGCCCGCUACGUAUCUCGAGCCGACUAUAUCUCGCGCGAUGGCCUGCACACCGACACGCACUGCCCACUCGUCGACCCCUGCUAUAGAACGACCCUCAACAAAGCCUCGUUGGAACACAAGCACAAACAUGCGCGAUACAGUUGUUGGGCACCACCACAAGCCGCUCCCUGCGACGCCACUGAGGAGCCUUUCUGGUCAGUCAUCCAUUCCGGUCAGAAGCCCUCUAGGACGUUCUUCGAUGCUUUCGCCUCCUCCUGUCCAUUCGGCGACCGCCACACCUGCAAAAUCGUCUUUGAAACGCCCCGUAGCGAGCACGCUGCAGUCACCCUCCACACCUCUCAAAAGCCCCACGUUUGUGCAUUCAUCGUUCUCAACAAGAAGUCCAGCUUCGGGUCGCCGCGUGACCAUCGCAGAGGACGAUAGCAGCCCUCCCAUCGAAGACAGCCCAAUUUCUCGUCGCGCCACACGUCCAGCUAGUGCGAUGAACAGUCGCCGCACCAGUCUUUUGCCUACGCCUAAGCCACGCACUACGUCAGCCUCCACCCUGACACCUGCUUCAACACCCGCUCGCGCUACCAGCAGGCUUGACAACACUGAGGAAGGCAGGAAGAGCAAGGCCGGCGAUGGGCGAUCAAGCCGCGUCAGCAGCCGUCAAUCCAGUCUUGGUGUCACUGGCCGCCAAUCGAGUCUCGGGAUCAGUGGACGACAGUCAAGUGCAGGCGAUAGACCGGUUUGGAGAUAG